CAAUUCCCACCAAUGUCUGCUUCCAAUUCCAUCCACUCAUUGACCUAACUUCACUUCCCACUUCCCACUGCAAAUCCCCUUUCCUUCAACCCUUCCCACCACACAUCACAAUCCUCCCCUUCAUCUCUCCCCCCUCUCCCUCUCCCUCUCCAUGGACAACUCCAUUCUCAGUGACUGUUGCACCAGAACGAUCAUUCUAGUGGCUCUACUUCUCUCCCUCAGGACUCCAGGAUCCUGUGCGUUCGACAAUCUCGAGUUCUGGCCUGCGGCGGUGGAGCCCCGGGUCCUCGAGCUCCCUCGCGACUAUAGGGCUGCCGAGAGACGGCUGCUAGGGCCGUUCCAGCUCUGCCUCGCGUGCAAGUGCUGCGCGGCCGCCACGCCGGCGCCCGUGUGCACCACGAUGCCGUGCUGCUUCGCCAUCGACUGCCAGCUCCCGAACAAGCCCUUCGGGGUGUGCGCCUUCGUCCCCAAGUCCUGCAAUUGCGCAUCCUGUGCUGUCUAGCAUCAUCUAGACCCACCCUUUUUCCUAUGCUGCUUCUGAAUCAGAAUUGGAAAAGGAUGUCAACGACUUUGUCAGAAUCUUUUCCUGGUCUUUUUGCUUUUGUGAGGGUAUAUACUGAAAUUUCGGGGACACUUUGUGAUUCAUGUCUUGAGUGAUUUCUAUAUCAUUAAUUUUUUCUUUUUCUUUUUCUUUAAUUGAUAGAGGCUGUACACAAUGUGUAAUUUCUAUAUCAUUACUUUUCUUUUCUUUUCUUCAAUUGAUAGAGGCUGUACACAAUGUGUAAUUUCUAUAUCAUUACUUUUCUUUUCUUUUCUUCAAUUGAUAGAGGCUGUACACAAUGUGUAAUUUCUAUAUCAUUACUUUUCUUUUCUUUUCUUCAAUUGAUAGAGGCUGUACACAAUGUGCAUAGAAAUCAUAGGCUAUAUAGCUCCUCAUUAUUGCAA